AUGGAGUCAGCUCCUAUCCCACCCACUGGUCUUCCCGCCAGUACCACUACUCCCAACGAUAUGCACAAGGACAAGACUUCGCUCGAUCCUGAGAUCGCUGUCGCUGCUACUGGUGCUCUCGACUACGUCACUGAUGACGUUGAGCCCACAGAUGAGGAGUUCUCUACCUUGAGAAAGAUUCCCGCCAAGAUGAAGUGGGUUAGUGUCUUGUUGUGUGCCGUGGAAUUGGCCGAGCGGGCUUCAUACAUCGGUUGUUCAACUAUUACCAAGAAUUUCGUCAACCGACCACUUCCUAAAGGAGGUAACGGUGCUGGAGCUGUCGCUCCAGGAGAAGCCGGUGAAAAUCAAACCGCUGGUGCUUUGGGUAAAGGUUCCGUCACUACAACAGCUGUUUACAACGCUUUCACUUUCCUCGCCUAUGUCAUCCCUAUCUUGGGUGGUAUUGUCGCCGACACCAAAUGGGGUCGAUUCAAGACCAUCGCUGUUGGAACUGGUGUCGGUAUCGCCGCCCACUUGUUAUUGGUCAUUGGUGCCAUCCCCAAUGUCAUCCACGGUGGUCACGCCAUCGGUCCAUUCCUUUUAGGAUUAUACAUUUUAUCAUUCGCCUCUGGAUUCAUCAAGCCUUGUUUGGCGACAUUGAUGUGUGAUCAAAUCCCAGUCAAAAAGCCUACUCUCAAAACAUUACCUUCAGGUGAAAAAGUUAUUGUCGAUCCUCAAACUACCGUUCAGCGAUACCUCCUUGUCUUUUACUUCUGUAUCAACGUUGGUGGUUUCUUCGCCAUCGCUUCAUCAUACUCGUCUCGUUUCGUCGGUUUCUGGCUAGCUUUCUUGGUACCAGGUCUCGUCUACAUGGUCAUGCCUCUUGUCCUCUUCAUCUGUUACAAACGACUUUAUAAAGCUCCUCCUCAAGGUUCAGUCACGCUCGAAGCUUUCCGAGUCAUCAAAACUUGUUUGGCCGACGGAGGUUGGAAACAUAUUUGGGGAGGUGACAAAUUUUGGAAUCGAGCUAAACCUUCAAACCUCAUCGCUAAAAACGGUUCAAUCGAUAAAUCCAGAAUCAGUUGGGACGAUUUAUUCGUUGAUGAAAUGAGACAAUCAUUAUCUGCAUGUGUCGUUUUCCUCCUCACACCUAUUUUCAUCAUGGCCGACGGUGGUAUCGGUGCUCAAGAGAACAACUUGUCUUCGUCAGUCACACUCAACAAUGCUCCCAACGAUCUCAUCGAUAACUUGAACCCUCUAUCCAUUAUCGUCUUCACUCCAAUCAUCACUUAUUUCUUCUACCCAUUCUUUGAGAAGAUUGGAUAUCCAUUAAAACCCAUGACUCGAUUAUCGAUCGGUUUCAUGCUCGGCUGUAUCAACAUGAUUUACGGUGCCGUUAUUCAAUGGAGAGUAUACAACACUUCUCCCUGUGGUUACGCAGCUUCGACAUGUGAAGAUGGUGUUUCAUCUAUAUCCAUUUGGGCUCUGGCACCACUUCAAAUCGUUCCUGGUAUCGGUGAAAUCUUCGUCAUGGUAACAGGAUACGAGUUGGCUUAUACUCGUGCUCCAGCAAGGAUGAAGGGAUUGGUUUAUGCCCUUUGUCUUUUCUCCUCUGCCAUUUCAGCCGCUAUCGGUUUAGCUUGCGCGAACGCUAUUCAAGACCCUUACCUUAUCUGGCCUUACGUCGCCCUCGCUGUGGCUUGUUUCAUCUGUGCUAUUAUUCUCCCAGUAUGCUUCAGACAUCUCAAUGAACCUACUCGAGUGUUCGCCGAUCCCGCUAGACAAGCUGGUGUCCUCCAACCUUCCGAGGGAGAGAAGACCGCCGUGGGAUCUGUCGAUGAGAAGAUUUAG